GCCUCUCUCGCCGAGUGGUUCGCUCCAGCCCCGCUUCCAUAAGGCUUUUCCUUUCCAACUUCAGCUACAGUGUUGGCUAAGUUUGGAAAGAAGACUGAAAGGAGACCCGGGCCCCUUUCCCCGCUGCUGCAGCACUAGUCGUCGCUGGGGUCCUGGAGCAGGACGCUGGUGGCUUUGAACGGUGCUAUCUUCCGUCCUUUGCACUCCUGUGAACAACAAGCACCUCGACGAGCAGCCGCAGCGACAGAGCAAGCGAGGGGGUCCCUUGGUGCCAUGAGCCGGGCCAAAGAUCAAACCCGCCAGGAAGGAUGCUGCGGUUCUCUAGGAAACUACCUGACCUCCGCAAAAUUCCUCCUCUACCUGGGCCAUUCCCUGUCCACCUGGGGAGAUCGAAUGUGGCACUUUGCGGUAUCUGUGUUUCUGGUAGAGCUCUAUGGAAACAGCCUGCUCUUGACUGCAGUCUACGGGCUGGUGGUGGCCGGGUCUGUCCUGUUCAUGGGCGCCAUCAUUGGUCAUUGGGUGGAUAAGAAUGCCAGACUUAAAGUGGCCCAGACUGCACUGGUGGUCCAGAAUGUUUCAGUAAUCCUGUGUGGAAUCAUCUUGAUGAUGGUUUUCCUACAUAAAAACGCGCUGUUGACCAUGUACCACGGAUGGGUUCUUACUUCCUGCUAUAUCAUGAUCAUCACUAUUGCAAAUAUUGCAAAUUUGGCCAGUACCGCAACUACAAUCACCAUCCAAAGGGACUGGAUUGUCGUAGUUUCAGGAGGAGACAGAAGCAAACUCGCAGAUAUGAAUGCUACAAUUCGAAGGAUUGAUCAGUUAACCAACAUCUUGGCCCCCAUGGCUGUUGGCCAGAUUAUGACGUUUGGCUCUCCAGUCAUUGGCUGUGGGUUCAUUUCCGGAUGGAAUUUAGUGUCCAUGUGUGUGGAGUACUUUCUACUCUGGAAAGUGUACCAGAAAACCCCUGCUCUAGCUGUAAAAGCUACUCUUAAAGUGGAAGAAGCUGAAUUGAAACAACUGAACGCACACAAAGACACUGAGCCGAAACCCGUGGAGGGAACUCAGCUGAUGGGCGAGAACGACCCUGACCUCCAGAAGCAAGAGCAGGGCUGCGCCUCCCAGCUGGCUGAGCCCUUCCGCACCUUCCGAAACGGCUGGGUCUCCUAUUACAACCAGUCUGUGUUUCUGGCCGGCCUGGGUCUUGCUUUCCUCUACAUGACUGUCCUGGGCUUCGACUGCAUCACCACGGGGUACGCCUAUACUCAGGGACUGAGCGGCUCCAUCCUCAGUAUUUUGAUGGGAGCUUCAGCCAUAGCCGGAAUCAUGGGAACUGUGGCUUUUACUUGGCUCCGCCGAAAAUUUGGCCUGAUUCGCACUGGUCUGAUCUCAGGAUUUGCACAGCUUGCCUCUUUGAUCCUGUGCGUGGUCUCUGUAUUCAUGCCCGGAAGUCCUUUGGACUUGUCUGUUUCUCCUUUCCAAGAUAUCCGUACUAGGUUCAUUCAAGGAGAGCCACUGCCCACACUUCCACCUACGCAGAUACCCGAAGCCGUCUUGACCCCUGAAAUGCACAUGCCAAACGGGUCCAGUCCUACUAGUAAUGUUCCAGAGAUGAGUCCUCAAUCCGUGCCCAUAAUCUCUGUCAGUCUGCUGUUUGCAGGGGUCAUUGCUGCUAGAGUCGGUCUUUGGGCUUUUGAUUUAACUGUGACACAGCUGCUUCAAGAAAAUGUCGAUGAAUCUGAAAGAGGCAUUAUUAAUGGGGUCCAGAACUCCAUGAACUAUCUUCUUGAUCUUGUGCAUUUCAUCAUGGUCAUCUUGGCUCCGAAUCCUGAAGCUUUUGGCUUGCUCGUACUGAUUUCAGUCUCCUUUGUGGCAAUGGGCCACGUUCUGUAUUUCCGAUUUGCCCAAAAAUCUCUGGGCAACCAGCUCUGUGUUUGUGGCCCCAAUGAAAAAGAAGUCACCGGUGAAACUCAAUCUAAUACAUCUGUGGUAUAAAACAGUUUGAUUGUUGCUAUCCCUGUUACUGGACUAUGUAGAGCGCAUGUGCUUAUUUUAUGCUUUAUAAAGUUUCUUUAAGUCGUUGGAUGUUGCUCUCUAGUUUUACCGCAGCUGUCCCUUGAGAGCUAAUAGGCAUCUAAGAAACCAAAGUCAGCAGAAAUGGGCUGGCCAGUCAGUACGCCUGACACAGCAAGAUAAAAACAACCCAUUUACACACAGAAAAUAAAAUAGUAGCGUAAGUUCACCUAAAGCUUUACAUAAAAGAGUGAUUCGUUGUGUGAAUUCAUUAUCCUUUGGCAGAUAUUUAUUAUUGGUACUAGAAUUCAGAUAAAUUAGUUUUCCCUAGAAAUCAUUCCAGUUUAGUGUUUUGGUAUCAUAUUCACAUUUAAAUUACAAAAACAAAUUCUGCUCUAAGGAUGAAGACUAAAGUUUGAUAGCUCCUUGCUCUUCCUGUUGAUCUUAAGGGACAUAAGUGUAUGUGGAACAACUAAGUUAGCAUUGGCUAACAGCAUUUAUGAAAUCAGACGAGGAGACAGCUUCCUGUUUUUAUCAUACAGGGCAACAUAUUGUAAUAAGCAUAUAUAGCAUUUCAUUAAAUGGCUGUGUGCAAGCUACAGGUAAAAGCAAAGCUGUAAAGUAGAUUUCUAACAGUGGGGACAUAGAACUUCAAAAAUGCUAGUAGUUUUCAAGUAACACAUGCUAAUAGUUUGGUCAUGAAAACUAGAAGCUAGAACCACCCAGAAGAGUGAGGGCCAAAUUUAUUUCAUGCUACCAUCCUUAAUCAGCUGCUGUUUCUUGGAAAAAUAAGAAGUCUUAAGCCUGGGAAGUUAAACGUAGAAAGAAAACACACACACUUGGAAAGGUUUUAUUUUAUAAACCAUUUGCUUGAACAUACUCAGAGCAUUUUUCCUUUUACUGUUUUAUACCCAGGAGUUAUUUUUACAUAGUUGUAGAGCAAGAAUGUUCAUAAAUGUAUUUCUUUCCAAAGUCUUUGAGAAGAAGAGGGGUGGGGGAAAAAACCCUUUUAUAUGUAUUUUUAAAAAACUGUUUUACAAGUCAUUUUGCAACAUGCCCGUACCAGUGUGGUACUUUGUCUAGACUGUUUAUGCACUUUCACAGAGACUGUAAUGUGUGGCCAUGAGCACUUUCUUUGUCAUUGAGGUUUAAUCCUUUUCACCUUUCUACAGGUUGACAUAAUGAUUUGCUAUGUUGUAAAAUCUUUGUACCAUAUUUCUAUAUAAAAAUGUUUUUAAAAUCUUGAA